UUACCAAAAGGAUGAAAACUCAAAGUUAUCAAAAAUCAAGCCUGAGUAUCAAAUAAUCUGUUCAUUGGUUAAAUGUCAAAACAAGAAGUUUUUUAAUGAAAAAGAAGGUCUGCAUUUGGCAGUAGUAAAUAAAAUGUCUAUGCUCUGUCGAUGGCUGUUGGCUAACUUUUCAUAUGACGAUAACUGUUUGACUCAAGUGCUAUCAAAAUCCUUUGAAAUUGGCUACAAUGAUGUAAUUAAAGUUAUUUCAUGGAAGAUAACCAGGGAAUUUUACAAGAGAUUCAAACAAAGCUUGAUGGAGAAAAUUGUGGACAUAUAUCCAGCUUAUCAAUGCCACUGUCACUGUUUAACAGAGAGCCAACAAUGUUUACCUGUUAGCAAGAAGCUUAUAGUCAUUGAAUCCAUUGCAGAAAAUACAAAUGGCAUUCCAGAUACUUUUUGUAAUUUUGAAAUAUCAAAAUUUAAAUAUAGUGAAAUAAAUGAAUCGUCAAACAUGCCACAGACCGAAAUGAAAGACAUACUGAAGAAGAUGUCCGAUCUCUAUGCACCAAAUUCUUACAGUAUGUUCUUACAAGAAAUUAAUGGACAUGUUGCAUCCUCGAUAUUUCAGAAACAUAGAAACCUUUCUUUAAUUUGUCCAUCCAAAAUGAAAUCAUCAGGUUAUGGUAAAAAACAUUUAAUUUUACCAACAAGGGCCUGUCUUCAACUAUUUUGUCAUAGGAAAGGAAUAAUACCUCUUGGUGAGAGCCAUUUCCCAAAGAGUAUUAGAGGCAUAGCAACGGAUAUUUUGCAAGGAAGGGGACAUUUUGCCUCCACAACAUUACGAGUUGGAGACAAAAUAGGAACAACAACUAGCUGUGGGACCUUAGGAGGCUUUUAUCAUUAUUUUGGUCGUUAUGAAUGUUUUAUAACAUGUGCACAUGUGCUACUUGGCCUUUCCAAAUUAAUUAUUCCACUUGACGAUAUGUCUCAUAAUAACCCUGUAGAUGUGAUUUUCAAUCAACAACAAGGUGAUCAAAUAUGCGGAAACCUUAUUCGACGAGUAUUCAAUCAUGAUGAUCCCAACUCAACUAGUAUUGACGCAGCAUUAGUGGAUAUUAAAUCCCCAGAUUUUAAAAUUGAUGAAAAUGAUAUUAUUCGUGACAACAGUGGAUCCGCUAGAAGGUGUGAAUGCUCAGGAUUAACAACACCAUUUGUCAAUAAAAAUUACUGCGAUCAUAAAUUUUUAUGUGGCAGAGAUGACAACGUUACCACAGUGACUCCUGGUGCAUUUUCGGGCAAGAUCUUAAAUGAUGUAAAACUAGAGCACUCAAGUGCAAAGGAUGUGUAUUUGAAGGAUCUUGGGAAUGCAGCGGCAAACACCAAUGGUGCACACUUCCAACCACUUGUAAUGGCAAGUCCAGCUCAUAUGCAAUUACCUGUUGGUGCUCAAACUGAUCGAAGAAUUUUUACAAUGUACAAUCAGAUGGUAAUGAAUAUCCCUCUGAAAGAAGGAGAUUCUGGAACCUGCGUCUAUAUUACAGGGAACACACCAAAAAACACUGGCUGUGUUGGUAUGGCAAACUCAUUCUGUUCUGGAUCAGGAUUGUCACUAGUUACGCCUAUUGAGGAAAUUAUAAAAGCAAUGAACAGAUGAACACAUCUAUUGAUUUAGUUUUGUAAGAAACGAAUUAUCACCGAUAAGCAUCAACGUUAUAUGUAAAAAUCGAUUUUUAUAGAUAGUAUUGCUUAUAGUUUUGCAUUGAUUUAACAAAAGAUAACUGCUAUUGAUUU